AUGCAAUCACCUUCCAACCCCCCCGCAAUCGAUAUUUCAACCAUCCUCGCGACCUCCAAGCCAGAUCUCAAGCCAUACGAAGACCUGUACCGGCACCUCCACAAGUUUCCCGGAAUCUCACUCCAAGAACAUCGAGCUGCAGAAACAGCAGCCAAAUACCUUCGCGACCUCGAUGGCUUCGACGUGCGCACCAAUAUUGGAGGAACAGGAUUGAUUGGUAUACUGAAGAAUGGGGAGGGAAAGACAGUUCUCCUCCGCGCAGAUACCGACGCCCUUCCAGUAGAGGAAUUGACGGGUCUUCCCUAUGCGAGUAAGAAGAGGGAGGUAGAUAUCGAAGAUGGCAUUGAGAAGCCCGUGAUGCAUGCCUGCGGACACGACGUCCACACCACCUCCAUGUUGGCAGCUGCAAAGGCGCUACAUACUUCGAGAGAGCAUUGAAAAGGGACUUUGAUCACUCUAUUCCAGCCGAAUGAAGAGCGAGGCGGCGGAGCGAAAGCCAUGAUUGCCGAUGGCCUUUAUGAUCCGAAGAAACAUGCUUGUCCUAUUCCAGAUGUCGUUCUUGGACAACAUGUUUGGCCUGCAGAAGCUGGAACAAUUGGUACACGACCUGGUAUUUUUGGUUCUGCGGCCGACAGUUUCCGUGUUACGGUUUACGGAAGAGGUGGGCAUGCAAGUCAGCCUCAUACGACGAUAGAUCCUGUCGUUAUGGCAGCGCAUAUCAUCGUACGACUCCAAACGAUUGUCUCUCGAGAGGUAAAUCCUCGGGAAGGGGCUGUUGUUACGGUGGGUAGUGUACAGUCUGGUACGACGGAAAACAUCAUCUCCAGCGAGGCAACUAUCAAGAUCAAUGUCCGCACUGUAACACCAGAAACGAGGAUCAAAGUCCUAGCUGCAAUCAAGCGAAUCGUAAAAACCGAAUGCGAAGCAAGUGGUGCACCAAAGGAACCUCUUUGGGAGCCAACGAGUUCCUUCCCAUUCACAUUGAACGAUGAAGCGGUUACCAAAACCAUCGCAACAGCUUUCACCAAGCAAUUCGGCGAUAAAUAUGACCCCGAAGCUCCAGUUCUAGGUGCUUCCGAAGAUUUUGCUAUCCUCGCAACAGAGGCCCCGAAUAAAAAUGGUGGAAAGGGAGUUCCUUACACCUAUUGGACUUUUGGUGGUACUGACCCUGAGAAACUCAGGAAAGCGAAGGAUUCGGGGGAUUCUAUUCCCAUGAAUCAUAGUCCUUAUUUUGCACCUGUGAUACAACCCACGCUGAGCACGGGCGUGGAUGCGUUAAUUGUUGUUGCUCUGAGUUAUUUGGCGUGA